AUGGCCCUAAAUGCUAGUCUGAAACUGUCGGACAGUCCAUUGUAUGGUUUUACCGGAAAAUCCAUUACGCCCUUGGGAUCUCUAGAACUACCAAUGAUGUGGGAAAAUGAGGAAGCUUCACGAACCAGGAUUCUCAAGUUUUUGGUGGUGGAUUCUCCCAAACCGAGUUACAACAUCAUUGUGGAAAGGCCAGCGAUGAAUGCUUUCCAAGCUAUAAUUUCUAUGUAUCAUCUGAAAAUGAAGUUCCCUUUAGAAGGAGGUCGUAUGGGGAAGAUCGUCGGGAACCAGAUUACCUCUAAGGAAUGCUUUGUUCGGAGCUUAACAUCCCAAGCUGGAUCUAAGCGAAUUCAGAAUGGGCAGGGUGGGUCAGCGGAGAAGAUCGCUAGAGCUGGAGGAAGCUCGGGGAAUACGGCAGAAAUGGCCGAGAUCGAGAAAAUUAGGAGGUCUUCCGAUAAACAGCCUAUGAUAUCAACCGAUGAUAGAUGCAUGCUGGUGGAAUUAUUUCUUGGAAAAACGGACCUGAAAGGGAUAGACCGGACAUUAGCAGAACAUCAUUUGAAUGUGGAUCCUUUAAGGAAACUGGUUAUUCAGAAAAUACGAUACUUUAGGCCAGAGAAGGAUACAACGAUUAGAGAACAGGUGAAGGAUUUGCUACAAGCGGGACACAUAGUGGAAGUACAAUAUCUCGUUUGGCUGUCCAACGAGAUGACGGUCGAGAAGAAGGAGAAAGAAUGGCGAAUAUGUGUGGAUUAUAGGGACUUGAACGUAGCUUGUCCGAAGGACUGCUGCCCUUUACCUCGCAUAAACCAACUGGUCGACUCAACUCUUGGUUGCGAAUUAUUGUCAAUGAUGGACGCCUUUCAGGGAUAUCAUCAAAUUAGCAUGCAUCCGGAGGACAUUGCCAAAACUGCCUUUCCGGUUUGCUGUGGAGUUUUUGGUUUUGCUAGAAUGCUGUUUGGACUUAAGAACGCUGGAGCCACCUAUGAUGGACACAACCUUUCAAAAUCAGAUCGGGCGAACUAUGUCAGUGUAUGUCGAUGA